AGGGCCGUUGAAAUGAUCACAAAAGCUCAAUGCCACCUAUGCCGGAAAGGCCCUUAUUUGCUGAAGAACUUGUAUGCUCACUUACGAGAAGUGCAUAGUUCUUCAGAAGAUGUCGUAACAGAAGUAGAAAAAGCCAUAGCACAAACGAAAGUUGCGGGAAAAAAAUGCACAAAUGUGACAUUUGUGGAUCAUUCUUUUCUUCAUCGCAAAACCUCAGAAGACAUCAAAAGAGUAAACAUAUUACUGAAGAAGAAACAAUGGCAACAUCGACCGAACAACCCACCUUAACAUGUCCAUCAUGUCUGGAACACUUUCGUGAUCAGUUUGAUUUGGCAACUCAUUGCAAAGUGGAACAUUGUGCCGGCGAAGAAAUAACGGAUAUAGAAUUCAACAACUGGGAUGAGUUCGAGAUCUGGAUGAGAAUGAAAGAAUACGAGACAUACACGCAAUUUGUCAGAAGAGAUACGAAGCGAAGAGCUCACCAUAAUGUGUACUAUUUUUUGUGUAUGCACGCGGGAAGGGAGCGGAAUGUUGAUCCUCAGGAGCAGAAAAAACGCUAUCGAAGAUCGAAGAAAGUUCGUAAAAACUGUCCCGCAUUCGCUAGAGCGCAACAUAAAUCUGAUGGUUCUGUAAAGGUAUUAUCAUACUUCGGACAUAAACUUGCACAAGUGGGAGAAAUUUUGCGCACAUUAUUGAGGGAAAGUCGAAGUAAACCUGACUUCACUAGAAGAUUGUGCGUGCAGAAUUUAGGUGCCGGACCACGACCAAAGAACAUUCAGCCGUUCAAAACGAGGCAGGCAGCUAAUCGCGAAAAGGCCGCAAGAAAAGUUUUGGAUGAAUCGACAGCAGUCAUGAAUGCAACAGAUUCUCAGAGUUGA